AUGGGGAGGAUCGACUACAAGACGACCACCAUAUUGCUGGAUGGCCGGCGAGUCAAGCUGGAGCUCUGGGACACGUCGGGCCAAGGGAGGUUCUGCACCAUCUUCAGGUCCUACUCCAGGGGCGCCCAGGGGAUCCUCCUGGUGUACGACAUCACUAACCGAUGGUCCUUUGAUGGGAUUGACCGGUGGAUCAAGGAGAUUGAUGAGCACGCACCUGGGGUCCCCCGGAUCCUGGUCGGGAACCGACUGCACCUGGCCUUCAAGCGUCAAGUCCCAACAGAGCAGGCCCGUGCCUAUGCCGAGAAGAACUGCAUGACCUUCUUCGAAGUCAGCCCCCUGUGCAACUUCAACGUCAUCGAGUCCUUCACGGAACUCUCCCGCAUUGUGCUCAUGAGGCAUGGCAUGGAGAAGAUCUGGAGGCCCAAUCGAGUUUUCAGCCUGCAAGACCUCUGCUGCCGUGCCAUCGUCUCCUGCACCCCCGUCCACCUCAUUGACAAGCUUCCGCUGCCAGUCACCAUCAAGAGCCACCUCAAGUCCUUCUCGAUGGCCAACGGCAUGAACGCCGUCAUGAUGCACGGCCGCUCCUACUCCCUGGCCAGCGGGGCUGGGGGCAGCGCCAGCAAAGGCAACAGCCUCAAGAGGUCCAAGUCCACCCGCCCCCCUCAGAGCCCGCCUCAGAACUGCUCUCGCAGCAACUGCAAGAUCUCCUAGCGGGACUGGUGGGCACCGCCCGUGCAGACUCUGGGAGCUCGUGCUGGGGCACUCCCGGUCGAGUGCUGGAAGGCUUGGCCACACAGCCCUGCCCAGGAAGCACCAGGCUUCCCACACCUGUGUCAGGUGAAAGGGGCGGUCCCAUGGGAGAUGACACCCCCCUCCCCCCCCCACACACACCCUGGGCAGAGGGGCCGCUGGUGCUACAGGGGCCCAGGUCUGAACUAGCCCGGAUUCCAGGGCUACCUGGGCUCCGGCUGGGAGGAAGCCUGGCUCCCCCAUUUAUAUGGAGAACGUUUCAGCGUUUUGUACAUUUUUACAGACCUGUCAGGGAAGCCUGGGCGCAGCCGUGAGGGGGCUUGCGCUUGCACAGCCACGCCAGCUGUGGGGCUCGGGGCUGGGAGCAGUGAAGGAGGGGGUCAGCACCAAAGCUGGAUGUUCUUUGGACUGGCAUGCACCUCUCCUGGGGUGCUCAGAGGCCCUCUGGAAAUAGAAGGGCCAGACACUGGUGGCCGAGACUCAGCUCAGCUUCCAUGUCUGACCCAGGUGGCAAGUGUGCUGGGCCCAGGGAAGAUGGAUCCCCUGCAGCCCUCUCUGGAUGAUGUCACCCCCAUACACCAGAGCUCCAGCAACUCCCAGGAGAGUGAGGGCGAGGGUGUGCCCUGGAGCCUCACUUCCGCCCCUUUCUGGUGCGCCCUUCUCCCCGAUGCUUCCGGUGGUGUUUACUAUAUACAGACUAGCCCAGCACCUCCAGACUGAGCAUGCAGAGCCAUCUGCAGACCUUAAGUACUUGGUGGGCCG